AUGUCACCAUCUGCUGUUGAAUCAACUAUAAAUUUUGAUAAUCAUUCAUCAAUUAAAACUACUCAAGAUCCUUUAGUUAAAAAAUUAAGUUUAGCUACUGAUACUAUAAUUAGACAUAAUGCUCCACCACCAACUUUAUAUGAAGAUGGUUUAUUAGAAAAAGGUACUACUAUUUCUUCAACUGGUGCUUUAAUGGCUUAUUCAGGUAAAAAAACUGGUAGAUCACCAAGUGAUAAAAGAAUUGUUGAUGAAGAAACCUCAACUCAAAAUAUUUGGUGGGGACCAGUUAAUAAACAAGUUGAUGAAUUAACUUGGAAAAUUUCAAGAUCAAGAGCUUUAGAUUAUUUAAGAACUAGAGAAAAAUUAUUUGUUGUUGAUGCUUAUGCUGGUUGGGAUCCAAGAUAUAGAAUUAAAGUUAGAAUUAUUUGUGCAAGAGCUUAUCAUGCUUUAUUUAUGACCAAUAUGUUGAUUAGACCAACUGAAGAAGAAUUAGCUAAUUUUGGAGAACCAGAUUUUACUAUUUAUAAUGCAGGUCAAUUCCCAGCUAAUGUUCAUACUAAAGGUAUGACUUCAUCAACUUCAGUUGAAAUCAAUUUCAAAGAUAUGGAAAUGGUUAUAUUAGGUACUGAAUAUGCUGGUGAAAUGAAAAAAGGUAUUUUCACAGUUAUGUUUUAUUUGAUGCCAAUUAAACAUCAAGUUUUAACUUUACAUUCAUCAUGUAAUCAAGGUGUUCAAAAAGGUGAUGUUACUUUAUUCUUUGGUUUAUCGGGUACUGGUAAAACCACUUUAUCAGCUGAUCCAAAUAGACAAUUAAUUGGUGAUGAUGAACAUUGUUGGUCAAAUAAUGGUGUUUUCAACAUUGAAGGUGGUUGUUAUGCUAAAUGUUUAGAUUUAUCACAAGAAAAAGAACCAGAAAUUUUCAAUUCAAUUAAAUUCGGUUCAAUUUUAGAAAAUGUUGUAUAUAAUCCAGAAACUAAAGUUGUUGAUUAUAAUGAUUCAGCUAUUACUGAAAAUACUAGAUGUGCUUAUCCAAUUGAUUUCAUUCCAUCAGCAAAAAUUCCAUGUUUAGCUGAUACUCAUCCAACUAAUAUUAUUUUAUUAACUUGUGAUGCUUCAGGUGUUUUACCACCAGUUUCAAAAUUAACUAAUGCUCAAGUUAUGUAUCAUUUUAUUUCAGGUUAUACUUCCAAAAUGGCUGGUACUGAGGAAGGUGUUACUGAACCACAAGCUACUUUUUCAGCAUGUUUUGGUCAACCAUUUUUAGUUUUACAUCCAAUGAAAUAUGCUCAACAAUUAUCAGAUAAAAUUACACAACAUAAAGCUAAUGCUUGGUUAUUAAAUACUGGUUGGGUUGGUGCUUCAGCUGCAAGAGGUGGUAAAAGAUGUUCAUUAAAAUACACUAGAGCUAUCUUAGAUGCUAUUCAUUCAGGUGAAUUAUCAAAAGUUGAAUAUGAAACUUUCCCAACUUUCAAUUUACAUGUACCAAAAUCAUGUCCAGGUGUUCCAUCAGAAAUUUUGAAUCCAACUAAAGCUUGGACUCAAGGAGUUGAUGCUUUUGAACAAGAAAUUAAAUCAUUAGGUAAAAAAUUCACUGAAAAUUUCAAAAAAUAUGCUGAUCAAGCUUCAGCUGAAGUUAAAAAAGCUGCUCCAGAAAUAUAA